AUGCGAGUCUACGUUCAAUUGCUCCUUGCAGCAGCCUCGAUCACGCAUGCUGCCACAGCCAAGAUAACAACUUCCGUCGUUGUGAAUACGACUGAUUACACUCCUGAGUCAAGCUCAAAUGCGGCUAGAGACAAAGGUGACGGGAUGAUGAAUGUGGAUGUUUUGGUAAAAGAGGAUCUUGCCGAAGCGAAAAAAGCAACUAUUGCCGCUGGGAGUCCGACUAAACCCUCUGAAGGCCUAAGCUAUACUGCAGGUAAAGACGACGGUGAAAGGGGGGAAUUGGCGAGGGCCUCAGCAAAGUGGCCGAAAAGUUAA